AUGAAUCUUUCUGAGGAGAAUGUGUAUGAUACUCUGGUAGAGUCGACCUACCAGAACCAGUCGUCAGGUGAAUACGAGCUGCCCUACGAGGCUGCAUAUGAAGAUCUCUCGCAUCUGACUCCGGAGUACGAAAACGCCGAAGUGGCCCCAAGAAGAAUACCGGAUCCUCCUUCAAUCCCCGCGCCUGAAGCACCCUCAGAGGAGAGGCGAGGAAGUUCGUCCUCUUCCUCGUCCUCGUCCUCCUCGUCUUCCUCGUCUUCUUCUUCUUCACAUGACAAAAAUGAGGAGAAAGAGGAGGAGGAGAAAAAGGAGGAGGAAGAAGAGGGGAAGAUAGAGGCAGAGGUGUUGAAUGAGUUGAAUUGGGAGAUGGGGUCUCUAGAGGCGGCGGUGGACGAAUCACGCAGAUCCUCAUCUUCAUCAUCAUCCUCAUCAGCCUCUGAGAUGAAGGGAGAAGAAGAGAACCAGAGAAUUGAGAAGAAGCCAGAGCCUGACAAAGAUGGACCACAGGUCACACUUUUUGUUAAGGCUGGAAGUGAUGGCGAGAGCAUUGGAAACUGUCCAUUCUCCCAGCGCCUCUUCAUGAUCCUGUGGCUCAAAGGUGUCGUCUUCAAUGUCACCACUGUCGACCUAAAGAGAAAACCGGCUGAUCUUCACAACCUGGCCCCAGGGACACACCCACCCUUCCUCACUUUCCAAGGGGAGGUUCUCACUGAUGUCAACAAAAUAGAGGAGUUCCUGGAGGCAAUGCUGGUGCCACCAAAGUACCCCAAACUUGCAGCAAAGAAUCGCGAAUCCAACAUAGCAGGAAACGACAUAUUUGCCAGAUUCUCAGCUUAUGUCAAAAACACAAGACCAGAUAAAAAUCGAGCCUUAGAAGCCACUUUAAACAAGGCCCUGGCUAAGCUGGACGAGUACCUGAUCAGUCCUCUCCCUGAUGAGGUGGACGAUGGAGAAUCCACUCGCAAAUACCUGGACGGAGAUGAACUUACGCUUGCUGAUUGCAACCUUCUACCAAAGCUUCAUGUCAUGAAGGUGGUCGCAAAGAAAUACAGAAACUAUGAAAUCCCGUCUGAGUUCAGAGGUUUGUGGCGUUACCUUCACAAUGCUUGCCGACGGGAUGAGUUCACAAACACCUGCGCAGCUGAUGUGGAAAUCGAGUUGGCCUAUAAGGAUGUAGCCAAGAGGCUGGGGAAAUGAAUGCAUUCAAGCACUCAAGAACCUUGUUUGUUAAAAAAUAUCCAGUAAAUCAGUUUUUAAAAAAAAAAAAAAAAAACAGUAUAUACACUUUUGGCACAGGAUGUGUCAUUUUUAACAGUAAUAUACUAAAUAUGGCUAACUGUAGCACACUGGCACGAUGCUUCAGAGACGGUGCUAAAAAAUCAUGAAUCAUUUUGCUUAAAGUGCUGUGAAGCAGCGGAGGUCUGAUCCUUUUCUUAAACAAGAACAUCAGUGACUGAUGAACUGACAGUAGUUGAACUUAGUAAAACCACUUAGGGAGUGUAGUUCAAACUACACUGUAACAUAUUGAUCAAACUGACAAUGUACAAAUAGUAAAAAAAAAAAAAAAAGCAAACAAGCAACAACAUUCCGUUAGGUUUAGUGCAAAAAUCCCCUCUUGUUCACAGGUCAUGCAAAGAUGACGCACCCAACUGUUCAUGCCAGCUGUGCUUUAUAGAGACUAGAGUCCUGUGGUUGUAUUGCA